UAACUUAUUAAGUAUUUCAUAUAAAUCGGUAUAUCCAAAUUAUUUGACUUUGUUAAAACCGUUGAUUUUUAAGCAAUAACUUAUUUUAAUGUAUCUAAUGUUGAGUAUAAUUAGAAAAUAAAGUGCUUAUGGGUACUAAGUUAAAUAUGUACACAUAGAAAAUAAUAAUAUGAAUUUAGUAUCGCUACUACAACUACAAUUUGGCGUAUCUUUCAAGUUGUGUAGUAAAUGUAUUUAAAAGAGCCAAUGAAAAAUUAAAACAAUUUGCAUUCUAAAAUGGUCAUUCAGAAAAAUGCUAAUCAGAAUGAGAACUCUUCGUCAAAUAAUCCGAAUAUGGAAGCUCUUCCUAACUCAUGGACUACGCAAGGUCCUAAGACACUAAGCAUUCGGAUGAACACCAAUAUGCAAACAAAACAGCCAAUUACUCGGCAAAUUGCCAUAAAUACGCUAGCAGCAAUGCAUCGUCGAUUUAGCCUUCCUGGCCCUGUACAACCGCAUUCAAGACCCAUAGCAGAAUUUCGUGCAAGUGCCAAUAAGUCACUGGAUAUGUUAAGGCAAACCAUUCAGUCAUCCGUAACCCGUGAAAUUGACCAAGUUAUUAAAAAGUAUUUGGAGAAAUUCUUUGUUCCUGCUGUUAAUAAUAUCCGACUGAAUCUAGGAGAUGAAUCUGUGAGUGAAGAUCAGGUGAGAGCUGUUUGCCGAGCUAUGCUGGAUGCCACACGUUUGUUAUAUACUACACCUCCUCGGACUUACCAAGCUACACAAGAGUCGAAUGACCUUGAAGCUAGUCAAAGUGUGGAAACAAAAUUUGUUAAAUAUGCUGCUGGUCCCUCACAGAAAAGAAAAGAUGUUGAAGUUGAAUCUGAUCCAAUGAUUAAGAAAAUUAAACAGGAGGAAAGUGGUGACAGUGGACGAUCUUCACCAAUCUGUUCACCAGCAGUCCGAGAUCCCGAUAAAUGGAACCCGGCCAGAUUAACCCAGGACACUUUAUUCAUUAUGGGUUCUCAUGCUCACAAAGUUCUCGGAUUGGGCAAUUCACGCGGUCGUUUGUACACGAGACACGCGGAUUUACUGAGGUAUCCAGCAGACAGCGCUGACAAAGAAUGGAUUGCAAGUCACAAUCUUGUGAAUGCUGUCGGAGGCAAAACUUACAUCAUGGUUUUAGAAGAUAUAGAGGAACUGGCUCACAGUGAUGCAUACAAGCACAAUUCGUUGCCCUUACUUGGCGAGCUGACCGGUUUCAAAGUACCACUAUUUAUGUUGAGGAAGAUAAAGGCAUAUGUCCUAAAGAGAGCUCUGAGCGGGGAUCUAAACGCCGAUAGCCCACAGCCAACGACGAGCAAUCAAGAGGACAAAUUCAAGAUUGAUGAUAUAAAAAUCGAGGCACACGACGACUUCGAUUCUGCCAACUUCAAUGCCAGUCAAUAUAUGAACAACUCAGACGGCGCAGGCGUCGCUAACGAUAACGACUUCGCCGAUAUAAAAGUCGAAGAUAUAGAUGACAUUAAAGUGGAUGGAAUCAAAAUGGAAGAUCUGGAUGAGAUGAAGGUUGAUGGAAUCAAAGUGGAAGAUCUGGAAGCGAACGGUAUAAAAGUUGAAAAUAUAGACGAUAUCAAUGUUGAUGCGAUCAAAGUUGAAGAUAUCAAACUGGAGAAUGAUGAAUUUGAUUUGUGUAAGGAUAGUGAUGAGAACAGCUUGGUCGAUGGGUUGCUUGAGGCGGAUAUUGAGUUUCUGAGCCGGAACUUGGGGGAUAUUGAAAGUGACGCAGAUGCAAGAAAGACAAUUGAGAAGUUGACAGGUGUCAACCCGGACACAAUCACUUUGGUUGGUGACGAAUUUGACAUCGGAAGUACACUUAAUACAAACUUUUCAGGCAGUCAAAACACAAAGUGCAUAACAGUAGCAUCAACCACCAGUGGUAUGGUGCACAGUGUCCCCGUGGCCCAUUUGGCCCCGGGCCGUAUCGGCAGUACAGUGCACUACUACACAAGUGGCACGGUCCAAGGCCAGAGGACUGUCCAUCAUUUGCCUCAAGCCACUGUCACUAUACAAAGCAUACCGGCGUCUGCGUCUCAAGUUAUUCGCGGCAUUCCAAUCAACGCCAAGUCUGGGACCAUUAGUACUGUGAUGUCUCAGGGUACGGCCAACACGAUCAUCGGUUUUGGAACUCACAACUCGACCAUCAUCACUCCAGGACAAUACAACGUGACGAAAUCGUUUCCCAACGGCAACAUUCUCCAUAACGCGAUAAUGUCAAAAACCCAGAAUUCAGGUAUAUCCUUUUCAGUUCAGCCGGUAACCACUCCGAAGUCGGACUUCGACAUCUCCACGACCAAGGAAAUGAUCGACAACGCUUGUAAUUCCUCGGUUAUGUUGAAGAAGGUUCUGACUUUGGGCAGUGCGGGUUCAGGCAAGUCUUUCAUAAUGCAUAACACCCAAAAGGUUCUCUCUACCGGGUUCGCGACGGGUUCCACACCGCCACCUAAUGUGACCAUAGUUAGUUCUGGUCCUGGGCUCUUGAACAGUCUGGGAAAUUCUAUUGUGUGCCCUGGUAAUGGCAAUUUAAGUGCGACUCACGCAACUUUGUCAGCGCUUUUGGCUUCAAGCGCUGAGAAGGCUCAGGCAAAUAAAAAUGAUUUUAAAAUCUAGAAAUUUCAUAUAAUAUAUAUUCCUUGUAAGUUACUUUAGUUAGUCCCAGCGAUAUUUAAUUUAGCUUGUACUAAAGCGUAUUAAUUUUAUCCGCCGAACUUAGUCUUAAGCCAUUUACUCGCUCAUAAAGCUUUAUUGAAUAGUGUUGUAUUACUUAUCUGUGGUUGGAUAUUGUGACAACUGUCAACUGCCAAAAUUAAUAGAUUACAAGACUUAUAGGUGAUAGUGCUAGGGUUGCAAUUUUCAUAGUAGGAUUACAGAUAUUGAAACUUGAAUCUUAUUGAAUUCGGUUGUAUUAAUUAUCUGUGGUUGAAUAUUGUGACAACUGUCAACUGCCAAAAUUAAUGGAUGACAAGACUUAUAGCGAUUGCAAUUUUCAUAGUAGGAUUACAAAUACUGAAACUUGAAUUGUACAAUGCAUCUUAUUAAGCAGUAAAUAUUUACAAAAUAAUUUCCUGCUGUUAUUUUGCGAGAAGAUUGUUAUUUUUUAUAAGCAUUUUUGACUGUUUCAUGUUAUCUACCUCGUUAAGUUACCUGAUUCUAUACAUUAGUUACUACUAGACUAAGUUUAUGGUUACUUUAGCUUGUUUUGUUUAUAAAAUAGUUUUAAUAUCCGCCUAUUUAUUUAAAAAAAUAUUCAUAUCUACUACGUGUCCGUAUUUUUACAAUAGAUUGUGUCAAAUGCGCUAUAGUAAAACGACUCGUUGCAGAUACCGCUGGUAGGUUUAACUAGGCGUUUUGUCAUUCGUCUCAGACGUUUUUAAGUAAUAUUAUCAGCCUUGUAAAAUGGCCUAAAUUUUACAGGGUUGUGGCCAUGGUUACCCUUAUUUUUAUUUGGAAAUAAUAUUGUUGCUAUGGUAACAAAUACUGUAAUAAUAUUAGUGCAUGUUUUAUAAGGCCCAAGUUUCGUUUGACAGGUUAUUUUGUUACGUGGUUGUGUUUCGCUUUAAGCUUUAAUUUUUGACUGAUUUAGAAGUGUUUGAUCUAUUUACAAAUUCUAAGGCUGUGCUAUUUUUUAUAAUUAUACACUUAUGUAAGUUAAAUUAGCUUUUAUGAGUGGCAUAUUUGCUUUAUACUAUUUUUAUGUGAUUUCGAUAGGCUAUGAAAUUUAUUUAUUAUUUAUUUAUUUUAAUUAUGUGAGUUAAAUAAUACAUUGUUGAGGGGAAUAGUUUACUAUCAAAACAGUUGUGAAUUGUGACAAAGAGUGGGAAUAAUACAUUCUGAUAUGAAAAACUUGAGUAGCGCUCCGUCAGCUUAGUAAGAGCUAAAGUAUACUUUGAUUUUUCAUUCCGUAGAAUUCUGACAUUUCAUAAGUGUUGCUACUAAAAAUGUUCUCCACCGAAAAAGGGACAAAAUUGACUUAUGAUUCUUAUGACAUGAUCAUGAGGGCAAUAAAAAAAUGCUACGUAUCUUAUAUGUUUUACUUACAAAAAGGAAGGUGACCUAAUACAAAAAUAACAAAUAUAUCAAUAUCACGAACAAUAUAUCGAAUAAACUUUAAUUACUUUAUUUUAUUCUUUAGCUGG